CGGAUCCGCUGGAUCAAGGGCUUGCGUUCGGGCGAGUUCGAUGAGGUGGUCGCGGCCAAGCCUCCCCCGCCUCCACCCGUCUUUCCCUGUGAUCCUGGUGCCGGGUCCUCUUCAGUUGCACCACCUGGCGGCCACUGGGCUGCCAUGGAGGUUCGUUUUCGAUCAGAUUGAGGCGCGCCUCGAUCGUGAGCGUGACGGCAGGCACUACUCCCACUUCCUGCUGGAGCAUCUGUCCGCAAAAGAGGAUGUGGACAUUACCCAGACCUUCUUUCAUCCUUCCCCUCCUGAGGACGAUGAUGACAAGGAGGAUUGAUGCUUGACCACGAGUUCCCUAUUUCAUGUGUUUGGUGUUUUUAUUUUUUGUGAUUUUAGUCGAACUGGAUAAUGUGUGUCUUGUUAUGUUCUAUUGUGUCCCAUGGGGCUGACACUGAUGUUCCUAACUCUUACCCCAUAUGAGUGUUUGUGUUGACUUUUGGUUGUUCUGAGAAUCUGGUCCAUAUCCAGUAUGCUCCCGCCGACUGGUCCCAUUUCCAGUCCCACUGCAGGAUGUUCUUCCCGGUAACAUCGCUCCCCUUAUCGUCCCCUCUUCUUCAUUGAGGGCGAUGUUGAAUUCAAGUGUGUGUGUGUGGGGGGGGGGGUGUUUAUCUUUGGUUGCAUGAUAUGUUUGUGUGCUUGGAGCCUAGUCCACUGUCCAAAUUUUACGAUUUGAGGGCUCCAAGUACUGUUCCGUGCAAUAACCUGCUCAUUAUGCUUUGAAUUGACAGUCUUUAUGGUAACGUGCAACCUAGGGAGGUAGUUGUAGCACUAUGGAGGAUGCUGAAGUAUACAAUUUUUCCUAUCUGUCUCGUUGUUGUGCUGGUUGAUUUUGUGAACUAGUGGAUUUAGGACAUUUGAUUCAUGUGGUAUGGAUGACUCCCACUAUGCUGUGUUGUGGACUCGUGUAUCGUAGAUGGUGCUCAAUUGAAUGGAAAAGCAGUUGGUCCUCCAUGUUGGAAAAAUUUGAAGUUUUAAACAUGGGGUAAGCACAACGUGUGUGGCACCGUUCAUUGCACAAAAAUCGGGUUUUGGAAGGGAUUUUAGUGAUCCUUAGUGUGGUAAGCCUACAAGGUGAAGCUAAGCCGUCUCUAGUACAAGUAAAAAUUUCACCCGUUGAACGGUUUUCCUACUCUAGGAUGUGUUUUUAAGGGCACGGAUAGAGCUUCUGACCCCCUUAAUUUCAUUGACCCUCAACAUGAGUCGAGGAAAAGGAGUUAAAAGAAGUACUACGGCGAGUGACAGAUCUACAUAAAUUGCUCUUGCUCGAUCAAUAAGGGUCGACAGCGCAUAAAACUGCAGUUUGGAA